GCUCCUUUGGGAAAGCAGCUAAAAUGUCUAAAAUCCAAAGCAGGUCGAGAGCGGCAGAAUUAGUGACUUUUACUUUCCUUGUCUGCGUGUUAUUAAAAUCUACUUCAGCUAAUAACUUAGAUGCAUUUAAGUCUGAAUUACACGAUGUAAGUUCGAAUAGGGAUAGUGGGCCCUCUGGUGGAAUACCGCCCAAAUCCUUUGGUGACAUCAACGGUAGAAGCCUAUUCGGAAAUCAUCGCAGCAUGCGGCCCAUGUAUGGUAUCGGUCCAAAGAUGCUGCAAAUAUCCCGUUCUAAAAUACCUAUCGAAAUGGAUUUGUUGAUAGAAAACGAGGACAGCAGUCGUCCCAAACGCUUUGACGACUAUGGCCAUAUGCGAUUCGGCAAACGAGGAGGUGAGGAACAAUUUGAUGAUUAUGGGCACAUGCGAUUUGGUAGAAGCACUUAAGCAUGAACUUAAUAAAAUUUCUGUGAAAUGUUGACGAAUUGACUAUAAGAAUUAGUAUAAAAUAAAAAAUCGGUGAUUGAUUGUAAAUAUAAAAAUAUCUCUAGUGAGCAAAUGUAUACAGAUAAUAAAUAAAAUACUCGUACAGAUAAAAUGUACGUUUAAAGCAGUUGA